GAUGGAGGGAAAAUAUAUAGCGAAUAUCUGCGAAAGUUGGCAGCGUAAUUCUUCAAAGGAAAAUAAGAAGGUCUUGUUGAACAGAGAAGUUACGUUAGCAGAUUUGGAAACCUCAUUCGAUCAAUUAGUUUUAAAUGACAUUACGGAUGGUUUAAAAGUUAUUGAAUCUAAAAUAUUUUAUCAUCCACAUACCAAUCAACAUUUAGGAGUUGGAAUGAUAACUUUUGCAUAUUUAUUUGAAGCUAGGCAGUUUGUUCGGAAAUAUUCUGGAAAAUUAAUUGGGAAUUCGAAUAUUCGCGCAUUCUUUGAUCCGAAAGGUGUUAAAAGACAGAAUAUAAUAAAAACAAAAUUGGAGUUAAUUGAAAGACAACCCUAUUACGAGCCCAGUAAGAAUCUUAACUUAUCAUUUUGUCCAAAAAGGGCAAAAUAUGAGGAAGCCACAGGAAAGGAAUCAUUUCUUUCGUCUUAUAAUUUACAAUCUAAUCAACGUAGUAUAUCAACUUAUCAAUCAAAAAUAUUCCCUGCUUUCCUGCCAUUAUCACCUUCUCUACCGCCUUUUCUAUAUAAAAUUGGAAAUACUAAUAAGUCAGAUAUUUUCCUAUGGUCGAAGCAAAGUCCUAGAAAAAGAGAUGACAGGACCGAGCUUUCUAUUAACCAAACAACGGAAACCAUAGCAAAUAGGUUUUCUGACAAUCAAUUAAACAGUGUCUCUUUUCAACAUGAUCUCAAAUCAUCAGAAAAUCAUCGAGCUGUAAAUACUAGUUCAAUAGCAGAUAAUGUAGCUCAUAAUGAUACCCUAGAAAAUUCAUUGUGUGAUUUAAGGAACAACUCAAAUAUUAGCUGCAAAUCUAAAGAGAACAUUCUAUCGGAGGAUACUGUAAAAAAUAGAGAUAUCGUAAGCUUAAUAAACAACUGGUCCCUUAAAGUACCUAGAGGAACAUCUGAUCAAUCUAAGCUACCACAAUCAUAUGAUACCAAUCAAAAUGUUAAUCAUACAAGCCUUCGGAAGACAUUUACUUCAGAAUUAUUGCCAUCAACAUCUGCACCAUUAGCAAUAAAGUCUUCGUCAUCACCAUUUCAUUCAUAUGACGAAACUAGCUAUAAGGCUAACGACCAAAGUGGUAAUAGUAAAUCUAAUGGAAAUUUGAAGGAAGAAUUGAAGGAAGAUGCUGAUGCCGACUCGGAAGUCCUAAAUGAAAAUAUCCAGUAUUACACAACAGAAGAAGGAGAAGGUAAAAGCGAUAAAGAGGAAGUAGAAGAAGGAGAAAUCGUAAGCGGUGAAGAGGAGGAAACAGAAGAAGGAAUUGAGAAGAGGAAUUCUGUAACAGAUUAUAGUGACGAUUCAACAUCGGCGAUUAAUGAUAGGAUAGACCAGGAGGUUAAAAAUGUAAGUGAAAAAUAUAAGGAAAAAGUUGUUGCUAAGAGACGAUCCAGUCCACGAAAGUUGAGGGCUUUUCCGAAACGUCAACCGGAAGAGGACAAAGAAAUUCUCUCUGAACCAUUUAAAAUUGGGAUAGAUCAAGAAGAUAUAAAUUUUUUGAAGAUUGCCUACAAUCGAUUACUAAUAGCCAAUACUUUUUAUCCGCUGAGACGUACCCAUUGGGGUGAGACUGCUGACCCAACAGUAGACAGUUGUAAAAGACAAUUAAUCUUAAGUGGUAAGGAUAAAGGAUGCGCUAGAACUCGCCUCAUCAAAGAAUUCAUAACAAAGAAAAAAGCGAAGGAAGACGAGAAUAAGAUUAAUCGGAAAUCAACUCGUAUUCCAUUCAAUGUGCAAAAUCACCAAACACUCGAUAAAUCAGUGAGAUGUUUCACCAACAAAUUCAAGACGAGGAAAAAGUUGCGAUUUGGCAGGUCGGGUAUUCACGAAUGGGGAUUAUUCGCUGAUGAGCCGAUAAAACAGGAUGAAAUGGUAAUUGAAUAUGUUGGAGAAAUCAUCAGAUCAUCGGUGGCCGACGUUAGGGAGAGAAGAAAUAUAAAAGAGGGAAAAGGAUGCUAUUUGUUUCGAUUGGACCAAACUCUUGUACUUGAUGCUGCUCAAAGGGGAAAUGCAGCAAGAUUUAUUAAUCAUUCUUGUACCCCUAAUUGCAAUGCUAGAGUUGUUCCGACAGAAAAUAAGAAAAGAAUAAUUAUUUACUCGAAGAAGGAUAUCGAAGAAGGUGAAGAAAUUACGUACAACUACCGAUUUCCAUAUGAUGACGACAAGAUUAUAUGUCGAUGUGGCUCCCGUUCCUGUCAGGGCUUCAUGAAUUGA